AUUCAAUAAUUUAUAAAUAUUGUGUGUAGACGUGUAUUUACGUGAACAAACAUUAUAUAAAAACUUUGUUAAAAACUUGUGUGUGAGAAUAUGUGCACGAAUUUACAUCCAAAUAAUUAUCGUAUGUAAAAUUUUAAUUCCUUAUUUGAUGCAGUAUACAUAAACAAAACAUAAAGUAAAUAUGGGUGGGGCGACGUAUGAAGUCCAGCCCCCCCGACCUAGAAAGGAGGUAAUGUUCCAAACAGUGGGAGACGCUUCUAAACCAGAAAUUAACUCAUUUAAACCAAAACGGAGUGAUUCUGAAAUAUCAUUUGAACAUAUAAAUAAUUCUAAAGAAGAUGAUGAGUCUUCUGGAUUUGAAGAAGUUCCAGGCAUCCGUGUAUUUAAACCUGAAGAUUAUGUAGCACAGAAACCCCAAACGGAUCUUCAAGACAAAUGGCGAUGGAUUGUGUUAGCAGCCGCUUCAAUGAUCAUGGUGAUUGUAGAUGGUGUUGGAUUUUCUUUCGGUCAUUUAAGUGGCGAACUCGCACAUAAAUUUAACGCUUCGCAACUAAAAAUCUCUUUAAUAGGAAGUCUGUUUAUUGCCAUUCCACUUCUCGCUGGGCCUGUUAUGAGUGCUUUAGUGGAUCGAUGUGGAUGCAGAGUUUUAACUAUCGUCGCAGGAGUUUCAUUAUCAGGUGCUUACCUGUUAGCAUCAGUAAGUAAUUCGGUCACCGUUAUAUGUUUAACGUAUGGUUUCAUUGGUGGCUUAGCUGUAGGAAUUCUAUAUGUAACGACUGCCGUUUCUGUGUCAUUUUGGUUUGACGUGAGAAGAACUCUAGCUAUGAAUAUAGUUUCUUGUAGUUUCGGAAUUGGUCCUUUAAUUUUUACACCCUUAAUACAAUACUUAUUGAGUUAUUACUAUUGCCUGGACGUGAUAUUUAUUCUUGCUGCUGUAUUACUGAACAUCUGUGUAUGCGGCACAAUAAUGAGGAACCCUUAUCAUUGGUCGAAAAGGGAAGAGAAAAACAAAAAAAUACAAUCACUAGAUUCGACAAAUAGUUUAGCAAAUUCAACCUCACUGCCUUCAAGAUGUAGCAGCGGUGAGUCGAGUUCAAGUAUACCGCUAAGGGUCAUCAUGAACAUGGAACGUGAAGAAGAAAACCGUAAAACUGAUCCAGCAAUGUCACCAGCUCAAGGCAAACUUACGGAAUCACCCUCAGAUGCUAACUAUGGGAUAGACAGCAAAGAUAAAACAGAUAAUAAAGAAAAUACAAAAAAAGGAAAAAGCAUGGCGGCGAAACAAAUACAGCUAAGAAAUUGGUGCAAGGCCAUGUUGAUCGACCAACAUUAUCUGAAAAGAAUAGCAUUAUUUAGGAACAGUAUAGUGCACCGCAGUGCAAUGACUUCUAUCCCAAAGUAUAGACUGAGGAGUUCGCUUCGGCCUGAUGUUUACAGCAAUUCUAGCUGGUCAUUGAGCUCGGAGGUUGAACACGAAAUGAAAUGGUACCUACGUUUCUGGGUAACGCCGGAGAUAAUGUCGGACUCCGUCACAGCGUUUAAAAACACAGGCUACAUUUUGUUUAACGUGUGCCUGUUCAACCUCUACGCUUGGUCUAUUUUUCCGUACUUCUUCAUUAAGUCUUUCAUGGAUUCUAAGUAUGCUGCUGGUGCAACUUCAAUCAUUUGUGUUGUUUCUAUCUUCAGCGUCACCGGUAGUGUUCUCUGCAGCUGGGUUAGGGAGAAGCCGUGGAUGAACGUAAUGGUAUUUUACAGGAGUUGUAUCAUCCUCUGUGGCCUCUCGCUCGCAGCUUGCCCCCUCUUUAUCACGUAUUAUUGGGUCAUGGUGUUUAUAUCCGUAGUUUAUGGCUUCACCCUUGCCAGCUGUUACGUCUUGUCACCAGUGAUAUUGAUGGAAUUGGUGCCUAUGGAACAAUUUACUGUGACGUAUUGUGUUGCCCUUCUGGUGCAAGGUUUUGGAUAUUUGGUCGGCCCGCUUGUUGGAGGUUUAUUAUUCGAUGUGACUGGCGCAUGGGACGGUACGUUUUGGAUGGGCGGUUGCGGUUUGUUAUUAUCAGGAGUUUUGGCGUGCUGCAUCAGAUUAUCACGAACUUGUAAUGUUGAAGUUUAAUUGUUUUAUGAAACAAGGUGCACAAUUAUAUUUAGUAAUAUUAUAUUAAUAUAUAUAUUAGUUAAAA